CAACACACUGAUUUGUAUUUUUUCGCGGAUGCUGAACAGUUGAUCUGAUUGCCGUGUUACCAGUAUCAGUACAAACUAUGAGGUUGUGCAAGGUGGCUGGGAAAGUACACUUAAUUCGUUGUCGGAAACAGAUGUUCUUGUAGAACUCCGUCAAACUCUGUUGAAAGGAUUACUGGAGUACCAGAAAAAAUUGACAUCUGUUUAUUUUUCUGAUUCUAAUAAAAGUUAAAUAACAAUCAAAAUAUAAAGCUGUUGGUGGUAUAGAUGUUGUAUUUCCAUCUAACGGUAUGCAAGAGGUUCUUUCCGACUGCUAACAGCACCUUGAUGCAAUGACUUAUCUUGGUAUUUAUUUCACGAUGUAACCACAAGUAUGAAGUUUGUGAUCGGAUUAGUGUGCUUCUUCAAUUUAACAUUUGCAAACUACUACAACGAGCGUCAUUACCCUGGUCAAGGGGGUCACGUCCGACGGCAUGUAGCGGACGGCCCAGGGAGUCGCGGGGAUGAGGGCGGCGCAGGGGCCGGGGACUGCCCGCUGCAGUGUCGCUGUAUCGCUCUGACGCACUUGGGCUACCGCGACAUGGCGGAGCGCUGGAUGUCCAUGGGACGGCUGGACGGUGUCGGGAACACAUUCAAGGGGACAGAGGCUCCGACGUGGAUGGAAGACCCCGAAGAGCUACGGGGCCGCGACGUCGUCUGCAUGGGCCUCAACAAGGUCCCUAGGCCCCUCCCGGAAAACACGAUGAAGAUGACCUUGUACGGAGACAGUAGCGCUUCUUCCAUGGAGAAGGAGACACAGGUCACCUAUCUGCGGGACACAUCCUUCCAGCAGGGAGACAACCUCCGCCAGCUCACAAUAUCCGGAAACAACCUGCACAUCCUCUACCCAUUUGUGUUUCGCGGUCUGCCCAGUCUAGAAAAUCUGGCCUUGCAAAACAAUAACAUUUCCUAUAUAUCCGCCGCUACUUUUGCUCGCUUGGAUAAUUUACUGGAGUUGAGACUGUCCGGAAACUCAUUGCAGUUUCUUUCUCCGAAUGUAUUUGGGUCUUUGCUGAAUAUGCAGUACCUUUUUCUAAACGGGAACAAGUUGUCUACUCUUCAUGUGCACCUGCUCCGAAACCUUGCAAGUCUCCAGCAUCUCGACUUAUCUCGAAAUAAUUUCAGGACAUUUGAAGAUUCUGUUUUUGACGGUGCUGUUAAUUUGCAGGAGCUGUUAAUUAAUGAGAAUCAGAUCUGGUAUGUUCGUUCAAGGUGGUUUCAAAAGCUUGCAAUGCUACGAAGACUUGAAAUCCGCGCAAACGUGAUUACACGCAUCGAUCCAAGAUCUUUUGAAACUCUCACAAAUUUAAAACAGCUGUCCCUUUCUGCAAACAUCAUUAACACGGUUUCAAAUGGGGCCUUUAAGAAUGUUUCCAAAUUAGAGGAGCUUGAUAUAGGGACAAACGACAUUAGUAUGCUUGAACCGGACUGUUUUGACAGCUUGAAUUCGCUUGACAUACUAAAGCUCAGUGACAACAAAAUUUCUUUCAUCAACAACAAGACAUUUGUAUCUACCCCAAAACUCCGCCAGCUUGAAAUGUCGAAGAACACAAUAAGUGAUAUUGAGGAAGCCGCGCUUCAUCCGUUAACUUUUCUGGAAAAGCUUGACCUGUCUUACAACAAACUCAAGAAGAUUGAACGUAAAACAUUCACAGGACUAAUGGAAUUAAGAAACCUGAACCUUGAACAUAAUAUCAUUUCUGAUGUAGAAAACGACGCCUUCAUAGUUGCCCCGUUAAACCAACUGUCAAAAAUUACCUGGCUAAGUCUUCAAUAUAAUCGGCUGAAAGAAAUCAACGGUUAUGCCUUAUAUGGGCUUCCACAUAUGAAGUUUCUUAAUCUUGGACAUAACAGAAUUCGACAUGUUCAUAACAAAUCGCUCUACACCCUUUCAAGCUUACAAAAUUUGCUGUUGAAUGACAACAAAAUCAGGAAUUUUGAAGAUAAUACGUUCGUUAACCUAAAACAGCUCACCUCUUUGAACCUGGAGAACAACAAGAUAUCCACGGUGAAUGAUAAUACUUUUAUCGGACUUGCCAAUCUUGAGGAUAUUAACAUCGUUUCUAACGGGCUGAAAACUAUUUCACAAAAUGCUCUCCGCCACUUUUCAAGUCUUAGUACUCUUACUCUAAAGAGCAAUUUAUUAUCAACGUUCAGCUUUGAAGAUAUAUUGCUACUGAAAAAGAUAACAGUAGUUGAUUUGAGUAACAAUAUUCUAUAUAGAGUGACGUUUCCUAACCAGAAAACGCAUAACAUCCGUCAGUUGGAACUCUCAACGAACCGACUAGAGACCCUAUCCCCGGAUGUUGCCAAUGUCCUUGCUCCAGGUGGGAAUGUAUGGCUGGGAGACAACCCCCUGUCAUGUGACUGCAGGCUCGCAUGGCUACCGGACAGCAUCAGACAGUCAUACAAACUCCGCCUGCUGGGAACAACAAAGACUGUGUGCACAUCGCCACCAUCUCUACACGGAAUGAAGGUCAUGGACGUUGCGUCUUCGAAUUUCCAAUGUGACAAUGCCACAUUAUCAGAGCCGUUAACAUGCCAAAACCUUCAGAUCAAAGACACGACCAAGAUACAAAAGCAAAAAGUGGGGAAAGGCAAACGGGAAACAAGGAAGUGGCAUGUGACAUUGAGGGCGUUGGACAACACGAAAAACACGACCCGGGCGUGUUACGGCCUACUUGUGAAGGACAACUGGGUACUAAUGCGACAAAGCUGCGCCAUUGAGAAUCUUCCGAUAACUUCUGCUAACAUAAUUGUAAAGAUAGGAAGAAAGGAAUCCAGGAAAAUCCUGCUUAGUGUUGACCACGUAACGGCACCGGGAGUGAAGGAAUUUGAUUUAAGGCUUAUAAGACUUGCUCCUAAUCGAAAGCGGGACAACUCUUUAUUGCCAUGUAUUUUGUCUCAUUCGCAGUUCUAUCAGCUUUCUAAAGAAAUGAACGAAGCAAUUCAUACCACAAAAGUGUAUAAGAAUGAGACUGGGAAAUGGCGUCUUCAGGCCAAAAGAGGGAUUCUGUUACCUAAAUGUAAGAAAAUUAGUAGCAUAUGCGUGCGCAGUUACCGAACGGAUUCUGGCGAACAUACGUAUGGGUCACCCCUGUCACUGCGCUAUCAGGGUGUUUGGUAUUCAGCUGGACUUGGGAUGGACAACGAACUGGCCAAGCGUAGUGAGAUAAACUUUACGCCGCUAUGGACGGUUACAGAUUGGAUGGGUUCUACAAUUCAUGAAAUUGACAGCAAGUGCAAAUUUCAGCUGAAGAAAAACACUCCGCCUUUAGCGUUGUGUGAAAAUCUUGAAUUUCGCGGGCACUUGGAGUCAGAUUAUGGUCAAGACUUUUAAAUAUGAAUAAGCAACGAAUGUCCAGUUUGUGAUAAAAUAUUGAUAGAUGUAUUUGAUAAGAUUUUAUUUGUAUAUUUACGUUUUAAAUAAUCCGUACAUUUGUUACGGAUAUGACGUAAUUCAUGAAAAUGAUUAGAAGCAUUUUUUCGCCAGCAUAUAUUUGCUUUAAUAAAUCUAUACUUUGUAAAUAAUGUAGUUUGAUGUUUAUGGAUUAUAUUUAAUUUAGACUCCAUUUACCAGCAGUUGAAGUCAAUACACACUUUAAUUGAAUGUCCAAUGUUUUAUUAAUGUUAAUAGAAAUGAUUCAAUAUAAUAUGAUGUCAUAAAAAUAGGCCAAAGUACAUUUGAUACGGAUACGAUAUUCAGUAUCUCCAUUAUUAUAUCUGUUGUGUGACGAUGACAGGGUGACAUUAGAUAAUUUGUACAGAAAUUAAAUGGCCACAUUUAGAUAUAACUUGUAUGGCAAUUAACCAAAUGCAUACACUAUUAUUUUAUGAUCACUGAUGUUAUACUAGGUAAUUAUUAAAAAUGUUUAACAUA